AGGAGGAGCCAUUUGGUUCAAGACCAUCUUGGCCUGGGUUGGUUAUGGUUGCGUUUGCUCCGGCACUCCAUAUUAUUGCAUGUGCUCUUUUCUUUUCCCCAGCAAUUUUACGUCGUGCCAUCAAGAGCCGACUUAACAAUAUCCAUCCGCUUUAACGCGAGACUAGAGUGCUACAUAAACAAGGCAUCUAAUUUUGUAUGGCUAUGUUGAUCCCACGAAUAGACACAUGGCAUGAGGAUGCCCAGCAGCGUGACGACCGUCAAUGGCGCGUGGGAGAUCCACUUCGUCGCAAAGACGAUCAACAGCGAGAGGAUGACCAACAGCGUGGACAAAUAACCUCCUAAGGACAUAUUGUGGUACGGAGGUUGCUCCGGCAGUUGCCCGGGAGGAUGACCCACAAGGAGAGGAAGUUUCACAGCGAGAGUACGAUCAACAGCGUGUGGACGAUCAACGGCGCAUGGAUUAUCAACAUCGCAAGACUGCAGUGCGCGGGCGAUCAACAGCGCGUGGAUGAUCAAGAACGACUGGACGAUUAACAGCGAGUGGACGGUCAACAGCGUGAAGAUGACCAACUGCGUGAGGACGAUCAGCAGCGAGAGGGCGAUCGUUAGCGCGUGGGGGACCAAUAGCAAGAGGACGCUGAACAGCAAAAGGAUGUUCAACAGCCGCGGGGUGAUCUACAGCGUAAGAAAGAUCAACAGCCAGAAGCUCAUCAGCAGCGCGUGGACGAUCGACACGUGAGGACGAUCAACAGCCCAGGACGACCAACAGCGAUAGGACCAUCGACAGCGCGAGGGCGGCCGGCAGCGUCAGCGCGAUUCCUAUCGGCCAGGCGAUCGGCAGCAAGAGGACGCCGAACAGCAAAAUGAGGUUCAACAACGCACGCACGAUCAACAGCGCGAGGAUGAACAACAACGUUUUGUCGAUCAGCGUGGGAUCGAUCAACAGCGUGGUGAUACGCAACUUCGCGUGGGCGAUCAACAGCAAUGGGAUUAUCAACGGCGUGUGGGUGGUUUACAAAGUAUGUGCUCUCAGCAGGAUGAGGUCGAGACGUACGCAGAUAUUUUGUCUUCAGAUGAGCGCGACACUCGUCUGUAAUGAACGAUGUUGUAAUCGGUUUUCGAUCUCUGAAGCGCCGAGGGGCCUGUGGCCCAUCUUCUCUGAAGCUCGAUGCAAACUGUCCUGGACAUCUACGAGGCGCAAGGGCUCCCUAUGACAGACACCGCUCGGGUCGCGGCAGCAGCUGGGUUCUUUCCGAGAGAAACUGGUGCAUUGAUUCGUCGUGCGAGUCGUGAGUUGAGAGCUGCGAGAGCUGCUCGUAGCGAGUGGUUCGGUUGGGCAGAGCUUGCUAGUGUCUGAGUUCGUUUAGUUACUGAGAUGUAGCAUCGAUGUUGACAGUCGGACGGCCCCGGUCUCGUAGGAUUGCCACAACCAACGCCAGGAGGAUGAACCGCGGGGUACUGACACAACGCGGCGUGCUUGGCGUGGGCGAUGACUCUGGUCACUGCGAAGUGCCGAACCACAAAGCAUCCCUGGAGUGGCCCCCCACAUGUAGGCCCGCUCAUCGCACGCGCAUUCCUCUGGCCCGCGCCUCAGUGCAGCCGCGCCUGGCGGGCACGGCCCCAGAGCAAUCGACGAAGAGGUCGAGGUGUCCCAUCGCCACGCGUGGGAGUUCGAAUGCACGGUCAGGAAUUCUGAGUUAGCGUAUUUGUCCGUCGGUUCUGCGUGGUUUCGCGUGUCGCGCUG